AUAUCGUAUUUCGCUAAUGUAGAGCAGAGGUGUUGUUACUUUCAAAAUCUUUGUCAAAAUUAACCUUUGCCUCCUCUCUACGAGUCUCUCAUUCCCGUUCUCCAACUUUAUAUAUCAUAACCCAAACCCCCUCCUCAAUCGCCAAAUCCUAAAUUCCAGUUUAUCUACAUUAUUCGACACAUUUUCCUUUCUUUUUCUUUUUUUAUAAUUAAAUUAUAAAAGUUAUUGAUAAUAUAUUUUGAAACAUGAAGGUUCGCAGUUCUUUGUCGGAGAGGCCCGGGUUCCUCGCCGUCGUUUUGCUUAUCCUCAUCGGCGUCGGGCUCUUCAUCUCGAGUUUCAGCCGCGUUGGGACCUCCAUGCUUUGCUCGCUGGCGGGACCCACAUUUCUCCUCGCCGUAGACGAGAACUACUCGCCUACGGGGAUCCAGCUCCAAGCCAUUCUCCACUACGCCACGUCGCGCCAGACCCCGCAGCAAUCGCGCGGCGAGAUCGGCGUCUCCUUCGAGGUCCUCAAGGCUCGCGCGCCGUGCAACUUCCUCGUGUUCGGUCUCGGCUUCGACUCGCAAAUGUGGGCGUCGUUCAAUCCACGUGGCACGACGCUGUUCCUCGAGGAGGACCCCAAGUGGGUCCAGACCGUCCUCAAGGACGCGCCGCAUCUCCGGGCGCAGACGGUGCGCUACCGCACGCACCUCAAGGAAGCGGACGAUCUCCUCUCCUCGUACAGAUCCGAACCGUCGUGUUCUCCGUCCGAGGCGGUCCUGCGUGGCAACGCGCAGUGCAGGCUGGCGCUGAACAACCUGCCGGACGAGGUGUACGAGAGGGAGUGGGACCUGAUCAUGAUCGACGCGCCGCGCGGGUAUUUCCCCGAGGCGCCGGGGCGGAUGGCUGCUAUAUUCUCGGCAGCUGUGAUGGCGAGGAGAAGGCAGGGAUCUGGUGUGACGCACGUGUUCUUGCACGAUGUGAAUCGGAGGGUGGAGAAGGUGUAUGCGGAGGAGUUCCUGUGCAGGAAGUACUUGGUUAAGGCCGUGGGGAGGCUCUGGCACUUUGAGAUUCCCUCCGCCGCGAACGCGACGGAAGUUGACGGCGCACGCUUUUGCUAACACGCGGCGCAGGCAAAACGGUUUACAGUAUUGGGCGCUCAAUUUUUUUUCUUUUAUUUUAAUUUUAUUUUACCUUUUUUUUAUUAUAAAAAUUAUAAAGCGGUUUACAGUAUGAUAAUGGACAGUUCAUUCGUAACCGUACUACUGUGAGGGAUUAUGUAAAACCGAUGAAAUGAUUCGUAGUGGGCCUCCAAGGCUAUCUCCAAUCAUGUGAGGGCUAAACUCAAAUUACCAUGUGCUACGUAUAAAAGAGUUUAUUUUUAUUUUAGAGAUAUAAAAGAGUUGAUAAAUGUACAAAAUUUAAUCCCA